AUUGAAACCAGUUGUAGCAACUCACUGCUGAACAGGCUUCUCUGUCCUGAAACUCUCCUUCUGUGGAAGCUGUGUUGAAUCCACACUGUGUUGUCCUGCAGCAGUGGAUUCAGGUCAGGUAUUUUAGUCUCUGGUGACUGGUGUCUCUGUGUUAAUGUGAAACAAUGUUGGAUCUCACUCUGACUCACUAUCGCCUUCGUCUCUGUUCCUCUUUCAGGUGUUCACAUUGUCCAGCGGAUGUACGGCUGUGAAUGGGACGAUGAGACGAAUGAGGUGGACGGAUAUGAGCAGUUUGGUUAUGAUGGAGAAGACUUCAUAACAUUUGACCUGCAGACAGAGACGUGGGUCGCUCCUAAACAACAGGCUGUGGUGACCAAACACAAGUGGGACAGUAACAAAGCUUUUAUAACCAGUGUGAAGAACUAUUACACUCAGAUUUGUCCUGAGUGGGUGAAGAAGUAUCUGAACUAUGGGAGGAGCUCUUUAAUGAGAACAGUUCUUCCCUCAGUGUCUCUCCUCCAGAAGUCUUCCUCCUCUCCAAUCACCUGCCACGCUACAGGUUUCUAUCCACACAAAGCCAAACUGUUGUGGAGGAAAGAUGGGAAAGAGCUUCAUGAGGGUGUGAACAGAGGAGAGAUCCUGCCCAACAAUGAUGGGACCCUCCAGACUUCUGCUGAUCUGGAUCUUUCAUCAGUCAAACCUGAGGACUGGAGGAGCUACGAUUGUGUGUUUCAGCUCUGUGGUGUGAAUAAGGACAUCAUCACCAGACUGGGCAGAGCAGUGAUCAGAACCAAUGAAGGAAAUUCCCUCUUCAUGAUCAUCCCCAUGAUUCUUGCUCUGGGUGUUCUUGCUGUCAUCACUGUGAUUGGAUUCAUUAUCUACAAAAAGAAGACAGACAAACGACCUCCAUCUCCUGUAGAAAACUGUGAGGUCCAAGAGAAAAUGAUUCCUUGUGAAGCCUAAAUGACAGACAUCACUGCUCACAGUGAGUUCAUACAUUAAACGGACUUUUUCCUGGGUAGUGUAACAGCCUUCCAAUGUAUCGGAGGUCAAGGUUCAUCAACGUGGGGUCAGCUGGCUGCCUGACUACACUGAAUGAACAGAUUUUUCCAUUAAUACAUUUUGUCUUCCCUCAUGACACGGACAAGAUCCUGAUGCCAGGAGUCAUCAGGCUCAAGUUACUAUUGAAGUGGUUCAUGAAACAUCAUUUUCAACAUGUGCAUUUCACUGAAAUAAAUAUGUGAAACAGUAUAAGCUUAAUGAAGUGAAUGCAUGCCAUCAUCAAAGUUAAAGGCAGUUCAGUGAAACAUUAGUGUGACUUUUGUUGGCCAGAAACUGUAAAGCUUUCAUAAAAUGUGUUCAGCUUUCCCCCCUUUUUUUUAAUCUCUGUUUUUUGUGUGAUUUGAUGUUAAAAAAAUCACAAGGUACUUUUUAUUUAGUUUUACAAUUGUUGCUGUUUUAUGUGAGUUUAGGUGAGAUUUUUAAGAGAACAGGACAGAUGCUUCACUUCUGUGGUUUGGAUAAAUAUUAACACCAAUAAGAAUGUUUACAAAAACACCAAGCUGACAAAAUUAGAACAAAUAGUUUUGCUCUAACAGUAUUGUGGGUAAAUUCUCAAUUUGCAGUUUACAAUGUAAAUAUGCUGAUUUGCAGAAAUGAAAAUAAUGUUUUCUUGUUUUUUCUUCUUAAAUUUCUGUGUAAAGUUUGCGCUGAAACGAGGACUGUUACCUCGUUACCUCUAAACUGUGAAUCAUUGUUUUUCCAUCAUGCUUGUUGACUUUAAUUUAAAUUAAAUAUUUCCAGCAUCAGUUGUAUAAAUGUAGAUAUACAUAAACAGAAAUACACAGGUCCACCUACAUGCAUGACACUUAUAUACUCACAGGGUUUGGUGAUUUAUUUCCCGUAACGUAACAUUUGUGGAUUUUCACAUUUUUAACUGGAGACUUUAAAUCACCGAAUUUAUUAGAGUAAACUAUUUUUUAACUUACAAAUCUGAUGAUAAAGGUUGCUUCGUCUCUGCCCUGGUGUGUGAGGACUGGCUCCACUCUUGUCUUAUUUUAUCUCAGUGAGAACGCAGGACAGGAAAUGGAUGGAUGGAGUUCUUUGUCACUGUGUUUAGUAGCUUUUCAAUAAUGCUGUGAACAUAUUUUUCAUUCCUUUUGUUCCCUGUGUGCUCACUGACUUUGCCUCCUGUAUUGUCUGGUUUUGCUAGUUUUUAUUAUUUUGUUCUACCUUUAUUCUUAUUUUGUUGGACAAAUUUAUCACCUUUUUAUAUAAACCUGUUUAGUUUUCUUUCAAAUGUCAUUUCAAAUAUUUUGAGACUGAAGUGUGUUUUCAGCACUAAUGAAUGCUGAUGAAAUACUUCCUUCUCGUAUUUCAGCACUUUAAGGGUGUUUUUCUCUCUCUUGUAAACAUUUUUUUUUAUAUCUGGUGUUUGUUUAUUAGAUAAAUGUAAGUAUUGCUGUUAAUUUAUUUUCUAUGUUUGUUAUGAUGACUUUUUAAUAAAAUCCACAAUAUUCUUA